AUGCAAGAUUUAAAUAGAAUUAAAAACACUCAAAAGAUCAUCUAAACGGUUCCUUUAUUUAUAUAAAAAUAACUUAAAAGAUCUCAUAAACGUAUUUAUUUUAGAGAUAGUUUAAACUCUAAAUAACUCUAAGUUGCUAUUGCUAAAGACUUCUAAGGUGUUGAAUAGGGCUUUUUGACAGAGGAAAAAAUUAACAAAGUCUAUGAAGGAAUAAUCGAUAUGAAAUAUCUUUAAAAAGAAGUCAUUCUAUUUUUUAAAAAUGUGAUUGAUACUGAUUUUUUAGUACAAAUGCUUGCAGCUUAUGACAUUAAUUCAUUAAAAAUUAUGAUGUAAAAUAACAAUAUUGAUAUAAUCGGUAUUAGGUUAGUCAAAUGUGAAUGA